UUGCACCAUUUCUCUGUUAGCGUUUGCCUAUCACCAUGUUGAGCUCCGGCAACCUCACCGUCAUCUCCUCUGUCGAAUUCCCAUCUCAGAAAUUGGUUGUAUGGAACCUCUUCUUCUUACCCGACAUCCAAAUUUUAGAGAUUUUCAUUGCAAUUUCUGUUUUUACAGCAAUAAAAUCAUUGAGACAAAGGAGAAAACAAGGGCUACCUGUAUGGCCGGUCAUCAGAAUGUUACCGUCUUUAGUCACCGGACUCCGAGGCAACUUGUAUGAAUGGAUCACUGAAGUUCUGUACCAUCAAAAUGGAACUUUCAGAUUCAAAGGGCCAUGGUUUAGCAGCUUGAAUUGUGUUGUAACUUCAGAUCCUCGUAACAUUGAGCACAUUCUGAAAACAGAGUUUCCCAAGUACCCAAAAGGCUCCUUCUUCCGUGAAACAGUCCGUGACCUUCUAGGCGACGGAAUCUUCAACGCCGACGGCGAGAUUUGGCACUGCCAGAGGAAGACAGCCAGUAUCGAAUUCCAUUCAGCAAAGUUCCGGCAACUCACCGUAGAGUCUCUCCACGAGUUAGUCCACUCUCGGCUCCUCCCAAUUGUACACAAGCAUUUCGUCGAACAGUUGGUGCCCAUUGAUCUCCAAGACAUUCUUCUACGCCUAACUUUUGACAAUGUCUGUAUGAUCGCAUUCGGCGUUGAUCCUGGCUGUUUGAGCCCUAAUUUACCGGCGAUUCCGUUCGCCAACGCCUUCGAGGUGGCAACAGAAGCCACCGUCCUUCGAUUCGUAACCCCGAAAUUCAUAUGGAAAACGAUGAGAUACUUCAAUUUAGGAACAGAAAAGAGUCUCAAAUUUGCCCUAAAAGAGGUCAAUCAAUUCGCGAAAAGCGUAAUCGAAAAGAGAAAAAGAGAGAACGUCAAUGAAAACGAGAGAUCGGACCUGUUAUCGGUGUUUCUAGGACUGAAGGACGAGAAUGGGGAGCCAUAUUCGGAGAAGUUCUUGAAAGAUAUAUGCGUGAAUUUUAUACUUGCCGGAAGAGAUACCUCGUCGGUGGCGUUGAGUUGGUUCUUUUGGCUGAUUGAUCGGAAUCCGGAAGUGGAAGAGAGGAUUCUGGAGGAGAUCUGCCGGAUAUUGGAGAAGAGAGGAGAGGCGGCGGCGGCGGGCGAAUCGUCGGCCGGCGAUGUGGCGUUUGAAGUAGAAGAGAUAAAGAAGAUGGAAUAUUUGCAGGCUGCUCUUUCUGAAGCUUUGAGAUUUCCUUCUGUGCCUGUUGAUCACAAGGAGGUCAUUAAAGAUGAUGUGUUACCAGACGGAAGAGAGUUAAAGAAAGGAACAAAAGUGAUCUAUGCAAUAUAUGCAAUGGGUAGAAUGGAGGCAAUAUGGGGAAAAGAUUGCAAUGAAUUCAAGCCAGAAAGAUGGUUAAGAGACGGUCGAUUUGUGGCCGAGUCAGCGUACCGAUUCACAGCCUUCAACGGCGGGCCUCGGUUAUGCUUGGGAAAAGACUUUGCAUAUUACCAAAUGAAGUACACCGCCGCCACCGUCAUCCUCCGGUACCGUGUUAGGGUGGCGGAGAAGCACCCUGUGGUGCCAAAGCUUGCUUUAACAAUGUACAUGAAAUAUGGGUUGAAGGUGAACUUGUUUAAACGUGAGAAGGGAGAGCUUGAAAAGUAUUUCAAAAGUAAAUAAUUCAAGGAAAUAAGAUCAAGGGCUU